GACAACCUUAACGAAACUUCUCUGAUUCAAAAACACCACCACCACCACCACCCCUCAACCCCUAUCCAACUCAAACCCCGUUCAGCCGCCAGAACCCUUGCAAAAUGAACAAUCAAACUUAUUACGAGCUCUAUCGCCGUUCUAGUAUCGGAACGGCCCUCACGGAUGCGCUCGACGAUUUGAUUAGCGAGGGACGUAUUGCCCCGCAACUCGCCAUGAAAAUUCUGUCGAACUUUGACCGCGGCAUUACCGAGAUCCUCGCUGAUAAGGUUAAGGCCAACUUGACUUUCAAGGGUCACUUGGACACCUAUCGUUUCUGUGAUGAGGUCUGGACCUUCUUGAUUAAGGACGUUACUUUCAAGUUCCAGGGAGGGCAAGGGCCAAAUUCGAGCGUUUCUGCAGACAAGGUUAAAAUUGUCUCGUGCAACUCGAAGAAACCUGGUGAGCAGUAAAUGGUGGAACAAAUAAGUGGAUGAAUAGACUGCAGGCUGGAGGGAUCGGACUGGAAAGGGACCAGGGACUAUCGGGUGGUAAUGAGUUUUCUUUUAACUUUGUGGAUAUUCUCGGUCUCCUCAUGGCGUUUGAAUUGAUUUCCUAUUUAUUUGCUCACUAUACACAAUAGUUGCAGAAAUGAAUGACAUUAAUUGUUUUAAAACCUU